CGGAAGAGAAUCGGCGGGUGCUGAAACAUGGCGUGCGGAGAUCCACGCAGAGUCAGGGGAAUGACAGCCGGCGCGUGUGUGUUGUCUAUUCUGGCAGCCUGUGUGGUCGCGCAGCCCGAAGCGCCCAAAGCCGGACAGUUAAGAGUCCUCACAGAUGGAGACUGGCAGGAAGUCCUCACGGGGGAAUGGAUGAUCGAGUUCUUUGCUCCGUGGUGUCCGGCCUGCCAGCAGCUGGAGCCCGUGUGGACUGAGUUUGCAGGAUGGGGAGACGAUUUGGGAGUGAACAUCGCCAAAGUGGACGUCACCGAGCACCCGGGUUUAAGUGGGAGGUUUAUCAUCAUGGCUCUGCCGACUAUCUACCACUGUAAAGAUGGUGUGUUUCGGAGGUAUCAAGGAGACCGAUCUAAAGAGGACUUCCUGAGCUUCAUUGAAGAGAAGAAAUGGCAGAGCAUAGAGCCGGUCUCUUCCUGGUUCGGGCCCUCCUCUUUCCUGAUGAACAUAAUGUCAGCCCUUUUCAAGUUAUCCGUGUUUAUCAGGCAUUGUCAUAAUUACCUGACGGAGCAGAUGGGAUUUUCGGUUUGGGAAUCAUAUGGGAUCUUUGCUUGUGCAACUAUCGUCGCAGGACUGUUUCUUGGUUUGGUGAUGGUUUUUGUUGCAGAUUUUGUGUUCCCAUCGAGACGGUUUUCACCAGAUUAUCACCACAGGAAGCUGCCUGCGCGGCAGGUGUGUUGUCAGCAUCAGUUUGAAUAUGAGCAGGAAGCAGACGGAGAGGAAGAGGAUGAUGAAUACGAGUAUGGAGGAGCACUUGAUACGCUUCCACGGAUGGAUGCCACUGAUGCCCACAGGAGAAGACCUGUGCAUUUGCGGGAGGAGGACACCUAGAGGAUUGGAGAGGAUCUGCAUCUCGCUCACUGUGCACAAAACCACCACAAAAACCAGAUCACUGCGGCAACGCUCAUUGAGCUCGAGGACGUCACACAUGAUGUUAUAGCUCCCUCUGAAAGAUUGAUGUGGUUGUGCUUUACUCUCCAUCUUGCUGCCGGAUUGUGCGUUUUCUUUUUCCACUUUUAAAUAUUACACUCCUUUGCUAUGCAGUAUUGCGGAUUUGUGUGAGUGUGUGUGAGGAAUAUUAGGACCUAAUUCAAGGAAUUUCAUGACUGACAGGUGCAAUAUUUCACAUACAAAUACUGAACAAAUCUUCAAAAUCUGAAUAAAUAAAUAAAUAAAUAAAAAACAAACGCAAAAAACUCACUGUGAACCUAAAGUUUUAAUUGAGGUUUUUGGGAAUAUGAAAGAGUUUGUGCUUUACUUUGUAAAUAUUUUGGUAUUUGAGCUUUUGAAUGUCUGUUAAAUAACAUCAGAAUGUUCAGUUUGCUGUUUUAAGUUUUUUUUCCCUUACAUAAAGAGUUUAAAUGAAUGAUUUUGGCAUUUGGGUUUUGUGUUAUUGAAGUUUUGGAAAACAAAUAAAAUGCCUAAAUUAAUGUAUGUAUAUUAACGUGUGUGUGAUAACUAUUUGAACUUAGAAGACCUGUUGUCACAUAGAAGAUAAUUUAAAUGUCAUUGGGUUUUUUUUGUUAUUUGUUUCAGCUGUCUCUAGAGUGGAUUUUAGUGUUAAGUUUUGGUCUUCCAACUUUUGGGAUGCAGUUUAUUUGUUCCCUCUUUUACUUCCAGCGGUUAUCAUUGCUAUAUGUUACUGUUUGACCCCUGACUGAAUUAACCCUAUUAGAAUUAAAAUGCUUCUCAGUAUGUUCUGUUCAGUUGUCCACAGUUUGAAUGAAUGUCUGCAUUUAAAAUUCUGUUACUCAAAGAGUGUGUGUGUGUUUGUGUGUGAGUGAGAGAAUUAAGUUUUCGAAGAAGUUUCUGUUUUUUGAGUGAGUGAAGCAGGACUGUUAAUAAACAGUUUUAAGCUGCCA